AUGAUAAACAAUGACAAAAUAAUUAAUAGUAUAUCCAACGAUUUAAAUAAAGAUUAUUCAAAUGACAUUGAUGACACAAAAAUCAACCAAAAAUAUUGUGGAUCAGAUACUUGUAAAUUCUUAUUCUCAUAUCGAAUUCCAGAACAAGAAACUCGUGCAAAUUUUCAUUUACAGACAAUGACUGAGCUCGCCGAAAAACUUAAUCGUACGAUGGUUUUAACAAAUGUUGGACUAUCUAGAAUAAAUUCUUGUAAUCAAUUUCCUUAUAAUUUUUACUAUAACAUGGGUAUGUUACAGGAAAAAUUUCCAAAUAUGAAAUUCAUAUCUCAAGCAGAUUUUCAACAAUGGACUCUUGAGCGUCACAAAAAACCGGAUGUGUUUCAUGCAUACAUUAAUACUGACAAAAUGAAUCAGCCAAAUACCUUUGCAUUUGUAGAACCUUUUGUGGAAACAUUAUUAAAUGAACAUUGUCUCAAUCAAUUUCAAUUAAACAUGAAUGAUAAUGUGAGUUUCAAACAUGUCAAUAUUGGACCAACGAGUUUAUGGAGAACUAAACAAAAAAAUUCUAUUAUGUUAAAAUAUUUGACUUCACAAUUAAAUCUAAGUACAGAUGUGUUAUUGAUAAAUCAUGAUCUUCGAUCUAAUUUAUUUCUGGAUGGAAAAGAGGUUUCACCAGUACCAUAUGCAAAUCAUCUUAUCAAAGCUGCUUAUAAACCAUUGACUAAAUGCGCAAAUAAACUUGUGAAAUGGGUUAAUCAAACAAAAAAGACCGCCAACAUAUCUAAUGUUUAUUUCGCUACAGAUUAUCCAAUAAAUGGUAUGGGAAAAGCCCAAUCUUCCACAUUCCGAGUAGUAAAGAAAGAACACCACGAUGCUGUGAAAAUUUUGAAUUCCUCAAUGCACUUGAAUACUUGGAAAUCUACAAAUUCUUUAGAAUAUCUUGAAGAACUUCCGGAAUUAAGUAAAAUAAUCCAAAAAGAAUUUGAAGGACCAGGCGUACAAGGAAUUAUGGAUAAAUUAAUCUUAGUUUUAUCAAAUUAUUUUGUUAUUGGAUCAGAAGGAUGCUGGUACACAA